CCGGCGGCGCGCAGCGAGCGUGGGUCUCGCGAACGCGCCGGGAGCGUCCCAGAGCCGGGAGCGCCCCAGAGCCGGGAGCGCGCCCCGCGGAUGACAACAAAUUCGACGCGCGGCGGCGGCGGUGGAGGAGGGUGCCUAAGUACCUGCCUCGGGCCCUGCCGCUUCCCCGCGUGUUCUCUUGCAUCCCCUCUCUGUGCCGAGUAGGAUCCUCCCGGAGGUGUCCCGGGCCCGGGGCGACGGGGGCUCCCCCGCGCCUGGUCCCUGCCGGGCCUAGCGCGAGCGACGCGGCGCCGGCGAUGGGGUCGCCCUGAGGGACGCCCGGCGCCGAGCGGGCAUGGAGGGGCCGUCCCGGGCUUAGGCCCUGCCGCGGACCGGGGACGCCGGCCGGGAUCCGAGGCGCCGCCGCCGCGGCCUGGAGCCGGAGCCUGGGCCCCAGGGCCGGAGCCUGGGCCCCAGGGCCGGAGCCGCCGCCUGCAGUCCCCGCGGGCCCCGCGGCCAGCCCUCGUCAUGCCUUGGCCGUUUUCGGAGUCCAUCAAGAAGAGGGCCUGUCGGUACCUCCUGCAGAGGUACCUGGGCCACUUCCUUCAGGAGAAGCUGAGCCUGGAGCAGCUCAGCCUGGACCUGUACCAGGGCACCGGGUCCCUCGCCCAAGUCCCUUUGGACAAAUGGUGUCUCAAUGAGAUCCUGGAGUCGGCAGAUGCGCCUUUAGAAGUCACUGAAGGAUUCAUACAGUCCAUUUCUCUGUCAGUUCCAUGGGGCUCCUUGCUACAGGAUAAUUGUGCACUGGAAGUGAAAGGGCUAGAAAUGGUCUUCCGGCCUAGACCUCGCCUAGCAACUGGUUCUGAGCCUAUGUAUUGGUCAAGUUUCAUGACCAGCAGUAUGCAGUUGGCAAAAGAAUGUCUUAGCCAGAAAUUAACGGAUGAACAAGGAGAAGGAUCCCAGCCUUUUGAAGGACUUGAAAAGUUUGCUGAAACCAUUGAAACAGUGCUAAGAAGAGUAAAAGUCACUUUUAUAGACACUGUCUUGAGAAUCGAACACGUGCCAGAAAAUUCCAAAACUGGAACUGCACUUGAAAUUCGAAUAGAAAGGACCGUGUACUGUGACGAAGCUGCUGACGAGUCCGCAGGAACGAACGUGCAUCAGCCUACAGCGUUUGCGCACAAGUUGCUGCAGCUCUCUGGAGUGGCCCUCUUCUGGGAUGAGUUUUCUGCAUCAGCAAAAUCCUCCCCAGUGUGUUCAACUGCACCAGUGGAAACUGAGCCAAAGCUGUCACCUAGCUGGAAUCCCAAAAUUGUCUAUGAGCCACACCCACAACUAACUAGAAAUUUACCAGAGAUGGCACCCUCUGACCCAGUGCAGAUUGGAGGGCUGAUCGGUAGGUUGGAGUUGAGUCUCACGUUGAAACAGAAUGAAGUACUUCCUGGAGCUAAGUUGGAUAUUGAUGGACAGAUAGACUCUAUUCACCUAUUCCUGUCACCGAGGCAGGUGCACUUGCUUUUGGAUAUGUUAGCAGCUAUUGCCGGACCAGAAAAUUCUAGCAAAAUAGGAUUAGGUAAUAAAGAUAGAAAAAACCGACCUAUGCAGCAGGAAGACGAAUAUCGAAUUCAGAUGGAAUUAAACCGGUAUUAUUUGAGAAAAGAUUCCCUCUCCGUGGGUGUAUCUUCAGAGCAAAGCUUUUAUGAGACAGAAUCUGCUCGGACACCUUCUAGCCGUGAAGAAGAAGUUUUCUUCUCCAUGGCCGAUAUGGACAUGUCCCAUAGUCUCUCUUCUCUUCCACCCCUUGGAGACCCUCCAAAUGUGGACCUUGAGUUGUCGUUAACUAGUACAUAUACAAAUACUCCAGCAGGAUCUCCAUUAAGUGCUACUGUGCUUCAGCCAACGUGGGGAGAUUUCCUUGAUCAUCAUAAAGAACAGCCAGUAAGAGGGUCAGCAUUGCCAUCCAACCUGGCGCCCCCACCAACUUUACAGAAAACUUCUCUCCCAUCUAGAUCUGUUUCAGUGGAUGAAUCCAGGCCUGAACUUAUUUUUAGACUAGCUGUGGGAACCUUCUCCAUCUCUGUGCUUCACAUCGAUCCUUUGUCUCCACCUGAAACGUCAUUGAACCUUAAUCCAUUGACCCCUUUGGCGAUAGCUUUUUUUACUUGCAUAGAAAAGAUUGACCCAGCAAGAUUUUCAGCAGAUGAUUUGAAGUCUUUCCGAGCAGUAUUUGCCGAAGCUUGCAAACACGAUCACCUUAGAUUUAUAGGUACUGGCAUCAAAGUGUCCUAUGAACAAAGACAAAGAUCAGCUUCCCGAUAUUUUAGUACGGACAUGUCCAUUGGGCAAAUGGAACUUUUGGAGUGCCUGUUUCCAACUGAUUUUCAUUCUGUUCCUCCUCACUACACAGAGCUUUUAAUGUUUCAUUCCAAAGAGCGGACUGAUUCCCAUCUCCCUGUGUGUCUUCAGCUUCAUUAUAAGCAUUCUGAGAAUAAAGGACCCCAGGGUAAUCAAGCAAGACUUAGUUCUGUUCCUCAGAAGGCAGAAUUACAAAUUAAGUUAAGUCCAGUGUCCUGCGAGCUGGAUAUCAGUAUUGUGGACAGAUUAAAUUCCUUGCUUCAACCACAGAAACUUACUACAGUGGAAAUGAUGGCAUCUCACAUGUAUACGUCCUACAAUAAACCUAUUAGUCUGCACAAGGCUUUCACCGAAGUAUUUCUGGAUGAUUCACACAGUCCUGCAAAUUGUCGGAUAUCAGUCCAGGUUGCCACACCGGCAUUAAACCUUUCUGUCCGCUUCCCAAUACCCGAUCUUCGGUCAGAUCAGGAAAGAGGACCAUGGUUCAAGAAGUCGCUUCAGAAGGAGAUCCUUCAUUUAGCAUUCACAGAUCUAGAAUUUAAGACUGAAUUUAUAGGAGGAUCAACCCCAGAACAGAUUAAAUUGGAACUUACCUUUAGAGAACUAGUUGGGUCAUUCCAGGAAGAUAAAGGAGAAUCAUCUGUUAAGUUUUUCCAUGUGUCUAGUGGGGUAGAUGGAGAUACAGCAUCAUCAGAUGACUUUGACUGGCCACGAAUUGUACUGAAAAUAAAUCCGCCAGCCAUGCAUUCCAUUUUGGAGAGGAUAGCAGCCGAGGAAGAAGAGAGUGAUGGCCGCUAUCAGGAAGAAGAGGAAGGAGGUGCUCAUUCCCUAAAGGAUGUUUGUGAUCUGCGAAGACCAGCCCCAUCUCCCUUUUCUUCUCGCAGAGUCAUGUUUGAAAAUGAGCAGAUGGUGAUGCCAGGAGACCCUGUGGAAAUGACAGAGUUUCAGGAUAAAGCAAUCAGCAAUUCUCACUAUGUGCUGGAACUUACAUUACCCAGCACUCAUAUAACACUACCUAAUAAAAGUUUUUAUGAGAAGCUGUAUAAUCGGAUCUUUAACGACUUGCUGCUCUGGGAACCAACUGCCCCUUCGCCAGUGGAGACAUUUGAGAAUAUUUCAUAUGGUAUUGGUCUUUCCGUAGCCAGUCAACUGAUUAAUACCUUCAACAAAGAUAGUUGUAGUCAAUUUAAAUCUACAGUUCACUAUGAUGAGGAAAGUGGAUCCGAGGAGGAGACGUUGCAGUAUUUCUCUACCCUUGAUCCCAACUAUCGUUCCCGUAGGAAAAAAAAACUAGACUCUCAGAACAAGAACUCACAAAGUUUUCUCUCAGUUCUUCUGAGUGUUAAUCAUGGAUUAAUGGCAGUGUUCACAGAAGUAAAGCAAGAUAAUGGAGAUCUGUUGGAGAACAAGCAUGGUGAAUUCUGGUUAGAGUUCAAUAGUGGUUCCUUGUUUUGUGUGACAAAAUACGAAGGUUUUGAUGACAAGCACUACAUCUGCCUUCAUUCUAGCAGUUUCAGUCUUUACCACAAAGGCAUAGUGGAUGGAGUGAGUCUUCCCACAGAAACACGACUGCCCAGUUCAACCCGCCCACAUUGGUUGGAACCAACUAUUUAUUCCUCUGAAGAAGAUGGCCUCAGUAGAGCUGCUUCAGAUGGUGUCGGAGGUGACACUUCGAAUAUGCUCUCUGUCGCAGUUAAAAUACUGUCUGAUAAAUCGGAGUCCAAUACAAAGGAAUUUCUCAUUGCUGCAGGAUUGAAAGGAGCCACACUCCAGCACAGGAUGCUUCCUUCUGGGCUUAGCUGGCACGAACAGAUUUUAUACUUCUUGAAUAUUGCUGAUGAACCUGUCCUGGGAUAUAAUCCUCCAACUUCAUUUACAACUUUUCACGUUCAUCUCUGGAGCUGUGCACUUGAUUAUAGGCCUCUUUAUUUGCCGAUCCGAUCUCUUCUCACUGUGGAAACAUUCAGUGUAUCGAGUAGUGUGGCCUUGGAUAAAUCAUCAUCUACACUCAGAAUAAUCUUGGAUGAAGCUGCUUUGCAUCUGUCUGACAAGUGUAAUACUGUUACUAUAAAUCUGAACAGAGAUUAUGUUCGUGUGAUGGAUAUGGGGCUUUUGGAAUUAACCAUAACUGCAGUGAAAUCUGAUUCUGAUGGAGAGCAAACUGAGCCGCGCUUUGAGCUACACUGUUCGAGUGACAUUGUCCAUAUCAGAACAUGCUCGGACUCUUGUGCUGCGUUAAUGAAUCUCAUUCAGUACAUCGCAAGCUAUGGGGACUUACAUGCGGCUAACAAGGCGGAGACGGAGCCUGGAGCCCCUGAAAGAAAGACAAAGGUAGAUUCCGGUGGCCGCUCAUCCUCACGAGGCCCAGUACUUCCAGAAGCAGAUCAACAGAUGCUACGGGAUUUGAUGAGUGAUGCUAUGGAGGAGCUUGACCUGCAGCAGGCCACUGCGUCUGCACAAGGCCAGUCUAACGGUGUUUUGAGUGAAAAAUCUCAGGUUCAGGAGCCAUGUUGUUCAGACCUCUUCCUGUUUCCAGAUGAGAGUGGGAACAUGUCUCAGGAGCCCGGCCCUGCUUACACCUCAUUCACACACCACCUGAUCAGUGAUGCAAUGACAGGUGCUCCCACUGAGAAUGACGACUUUUGCAUUCUUUUUGCACCAAGAGCAACUAUUCAGGAGAAGGAAGAAGAACCAAUUGUAAAAAUAAUGGUUGAUGAUGCAAUUGUAAUAAGAGAGAAUUAUUUUAGUCAGCCCAUUAAGAAGACAGAUACAAGCAAAGCCCCAUUGCACUUUCCCAUCCCUGUCGUCCGGUAUGUUGUUAAAGAAGUCUCUCUUGUUUGGCAUCUUUAUGGAGGAAAGGAUUUUGGAACAGUCCCUCCUACUUCUCCGGCUAAAAGUUAUAUCAGUCCUCACAGCUCACCUUCUCACACACCCACGAGGCAUGGACGUAACGUGGUGUGUGGGGGAAAAGGAAGAAACCAUGACUUUUUAAUGGAAAUACAGUUAAGCAAGGUGAAGUUUCAGCACGAGGUCUACCCCCCUUGCAAGCCGGAAUGCGAGUCCAGCCUCUUAGAGCACCCAGUCUCCCGGCAGGUGUUCAUCGUGCAGGAUCUUGAAAUUCGAGAUCGUCUGGCAACAUCACAAAUGAAUAAGUUUUUGUACCUGUAUUGCAGUAAAGAGAUGCCCCGAAAAGCUCAUUCCAACAUGUUGACAGUGAAAGCGUUACAUGUGCGCCCGGAGUCCGGCAGGUCACCGCAGGAAUGCUGCCUAAGAGUGUCACUGAUGCCACUUCGCCUCAAUAUUGAUCAGAGUCCCCCGGGCCCCUUUGCAGUCGGUCUCCACCAGUAGCCAUUGACCUCCUUCCCGUCCCCGCGGGUCAGCCUUCCUGUCCCACUACUUCGUGUGAGUGGAAAUGUAUUUGGCUUCCCAUGCCAUGCGCUCCCUCCGUGCUGACGCAGGUCUGUUUGUUUCUGUUCAGUCUGUUCCCUUUUAUUGCCGAGUACGGAUCUCACCGUACGGCUGUACCACAAUUUGUGUAUCCGUUUACUUACUGAUUUACAUUUGCAUGGUUUUCUCGGUUUUGGCUCCGAUAAAUAGAGCUGUUAUGAAGUUAGUGUACAAAUCUUCUUGUGGAUCUGGGUUUCCAUUCGUGUUGGGCAUUGUAAACAAUUUCCAGGUCACGAGGCAGAUGUGUGUUUAGCUCUUGUGAGAAGCUGCCUGUUCCCCGCAGCGGUUACACCAUCGUAUGCCCCCACUGCAGCAGGUGAGAGCUGCCUCUUCUUCACACUCUGGCCAAACUUGGUGUUGUGUGUUGAACUGUCUUAUUUGGUGUUCAUUGUGGUUAUAAUUUGGAUUUCCCCUGAUGAUGGCGCUAAGCAUCGCGUCAUGUGCUGCUUUGACAUCUGUACACUUAUUUGUGAAGGGUCUGUUUCUGGCUAGUUUUAAAAUCAAGUUUUAUCGAGUUGUAAAGAGUAGCAUAAAUAACAAAAUCAAAACUUCUAAGAACAUUGAAACGCUGGUGAUUAGUACUUUUCUGUUUUGUGCAUUUGUAGUAAAAAUGGAUAAAAGCCGCUGUCUCUGUAGUCUUCCUUUUUUAAAAAAAAAUGUUUAUUUUGAGAGAGCGAGAGAGAGAGCACACAGCACAGGGGAGGGGCAGAGAGAGAGAGUGAGUCCCAAGCAGGCUCUAUGCUGUUAGCACAGAGCACGACGUGAGGCUCAAGCUCAGGUUCUGCGAGAUCGUGACCUGAGUCGAGGUCAAGAGUCAGAUGCUUCACCGACUGAGCCACUCAGGUGCCCCUUUUAGAGCAUAUUUUUACCUAGAGUUUUCUCUUACUAGUAUUUUUUUUUUUGAAGGCAGUCAUGGAGUCAAAGCAUUUAUAGUGUUAAAAUAUCGCCAUCUAGCGGUCCAAUAAUGACAGGUAACAUUUAGGUUAACUUUAACAUCUAGUUCUCGAUACACAUAUUAAAUGUGUGUAUAUAUACAUACAUACGUGUAUCUGCAUAUUAUUAUGUAAUGUAAAUAACAAGUUCUAUACGUGUGUAAAGCACAAUAAAAUAAUGAACAAAUCAUGAACCGACUACCCUACUGCAGAACCAGAAUAUUUCCAUAAGUAGCUGCUUAUUCUUCAGCCCCAUCCUUCAGUCUCCCAUAUGCCAUGUUACCUAGGAAAAUACCUUUCUAACUUCCAUCAUUUAUACUUCUGGUGAAUGUGGUUACUAGUUGAUCAGAUCCCUUGGAAUUACCAAACUUAUGGUAUGCCACCAAAUAUUGUGCCCUGUAAUUGACUGUCACAUCGCUUUUUCUGGUGCGAUAUUAACGUGUUAUAUUUAUUUAGGAUUUUUCCAAAGGCAAGGGAAGAAUUAGAAAGAAGAGGCUCAGGCAUUUCAUUUUCAUAUUUUCCAAAAUGGAUUUGUUGGUUUGAGGGAGGGAGGUAAAAUGCGGCUGCUAAUAAUGGGCAAAUACGGUUUAUUCAGAUGACAUCAAGACAGGCCUGUGCAUGUUUGUUACUAUGUAAUUUCAGAAGAGACCAUACUGAGUGGGCUUACUGAUUCCGAGUGCCCUGUUCCAGGAAGAACAUGUAUUAAGGCAGCAUAACAUGGCAGUAAGGGCAACAUUAAGACAGUGAGAACUUGUGCGGCCCCAGCUGUUGCUCGUGUCGGUAUUACCACCACCGCCGGUUUGCGGUGAGAACUAGUGUUGAAGACCGAGAAUGCUGUAUUUCCAAGAAAACUAAAAUUUGUUUUGAUUCAGAAAUAGCUAUGUAAUUUUUAACCCCUCUGUGUCUUAAUUUUCACAUUUGAUUUUCUCAGGGUUGGGAGAAUUAACAGAAUGUGUGUGUGUGUGUGUGUGAGAGAGAGAGAGAGAGAAAAUGAGAGAGAGAGAGAGAAAGGAGCAACGCCUGACACAGUAAAAAUUGUAGAUGAAUAAGAAGUCAAAUAUGGGACUGUAAGACACUUUGCUUUUUAGUUUUAGAAUCAAUCUGCCUUUCCCU